AUGGUUCUACUUCGCAUGGCGGCCUCCAAAUACGAUGCCAAAGCUACAGAUCCGCCUCUUCUUGAGAGGAACUCCAGCAUAAAGUCUUACACCACCUCUCGCGCCACGUACCCCAAACUGCGCGUCUUCUACAGGAGACAUCAGCAGUUCGACUGCCUUCCCGUCUCGCCUGCCCCGAUCCCGCUGUUGGUAUUCAUCCAUGGCCUUGGCGGGUCCGUCGCGCAGUUCAAUGCGCUGCUAACGAGCCUCACUCCGAUUGCCUCAUGCCUAGCGUUGGAUCUCCCGGGGUGCGGCGUAUCUGAGUUUGAGCCCCGCGACUGGGGCGCCUACUCGACGGAUGCCCUUGUGGAGCUGCUAGAGACGGUCAUUGAGGAUCACCGCGAUGCGCAAGCCGGCCAGGGAGUGGUUCUGAUCGGCCAUAGUAUGGGCGCUUCCCUCGCUGCGCUGCUGGCAAACCCCAGAACGCUGUCUAAAACCGACCUCAGUAAGCACGUCCUAGGCCUGGUGGCCAUCUGCCCUGUCGCCGGGCCACCUCCUGAGGAUAAGGUAUCGCUGUUUCGGAAACUUCUCUAUAUCCCGGAGUUUCUCUUCAAUCUGUGGCGGGCCUGGGACAGGCGGGGUGGGAUAGAGAGUGCGAGCGUUCACCGUUUCGUCGGGCCGGACGCUGAUGUCGACUCAAAGCGGCUCCAGCAUCUGUACAACUGCCAAAGCAGGACACCUGUGUGGCGGCGCAUGGCAUGGGGUGCACUGCCUGAGUAUCGAAAUGGCGUGCCUCAUGGCGGCAUGCCAACGAUAGAUGUCUGGUCCGGGCUACGUUUACCGGUAUACCUGGUUGGUGGAGAAAGCGAUAGCAUUGCCCCUCCGGAAGAGGUCGACAAGAUAAUCUCGUCACUCGCCGAGGAUAGGGAGGGUCCUGCCUCGAAGGAAGACGGGAGUGCAGCGAAGGGGGAAUCGAACGCGAACGCAAAUGGCGAUGCUACAUGCAUCCCACCCCUGCCUCUACAUCCGAGGAAAGUGGUAAUGAGUACUAAACUCCCCAAGCCCGCGGGGCAUGGUCUGCUAUUCACGCCGCCCACGGCACCGGUCCUUGCCGGACUGAUCUCAGACUUUCUCGCUUCACACGUAACCGGUCGUCUCUCCCUCGCCUGGCAGUUGCAGUAUCUCUGCCGGGAUGGGAAAUGGGACGUCAAAAACUUGGAGAAGUGGCGCAACGUCACGCCAGUCUCGGAGCCCAUCGGCGGCGUUUUUCGCGCCAUCAAGACGCUUCGGGAGGUGGACGAAAUCCACUGCCCAAAGGUAUUCGUGGAGAGGUGGGGCGGUAUCAUCAAGGACGUGAUCGAUAUCUCGCAUGACAACCCAGUCUACGACCCGCGCGGUCUUGAGGAAGGCGGGAUACACUACCACAAGUUCCCGACGGUUUCCAAGGUCCCGCCCGACGAUGCCGAGAUCAAAGGGUUUAUCGACCUGGUGGAUAAGAUCCGCCAGCGUCAGAAGCAGCGAGCCGAAGCCAAGGGUUGGGGAGACAAUUACGCGGUCGGUGUCCACUGCCACUACGGCUUCAAUCGUACUGGCUUCCUCAUCGCGUGUUACCUGGUGGAGCGGUGCGGCUUCAGCGCGAAACUUGCCAUUGAAGAGUUUGCGCAGGCAAGACCCAACGGCAUCAAGCAUGAGCAUUUCAAGGACCGGCUGCAUGUGCGGUACUCGGGGUUAUCCCGGUCAGAGCGGACGCCGCUCCUCGCCUCCCCCCAACCGCAUACAUCCGAAGACUCGACCCGCCGCGCCGAAGAAGAAGAUGCCGCGCUGCACGGCACGCCCUUCCCCGCCGAGCACAGCAGCCGCCCCUCGCGGCGCAGCGUCGGCCUGCGCGAGACGAUUUUCUUCCUCUGGGCCCUGGUGGCCACGGCAGGCGUGAUCGUGCUCGGCGUGGUGUUGCAACAGCACAGCAGCUCCGCCCCGCCAACGACACCCGCUCCCGUGCCCGGCGCACCCUCCACCGGCGACCCCUACCUCAGCGCCACCAGCACCAAGCAUGCCAACAACAACAACAACAAUAAGAAACGCAACCUAAUCUUCAUGGUCUCGGACGGGAUGGGCCCGGCCUCUCUAAGCCUAACCCGCUCCUUCAGGCAAUUCGUGUCCUCCCUCCCCACGGAUUCAACGCUUCAUCUAGACGACCACUUCUGGGGCACGUCGCGCACACGGUCGUCUAACAGCCUGGUGACGGACUCGGCAGCGGGGGCGACGGCGUUCUCAUGCGCCCGCAAGAGCUACAACGGCGCCAUCGCCAUGUUACCUGGUUACCGGCCCUGCGGCACCAUGGACGAGAUCGCCCUACACGAGAUUGGGGAGAGUCACCCCCUUGGGGAGAGGGUUGUGGACCUGCUCAUGGGCGGCGGCAGGUGCCAUUUUCUGGGGAAUGAUUCGCUGGGCAGUUGCAGGGCGGAUGCGGUGGAUGUGGUGGGCAUUGCGCGGGAGAGGUUUGGCUGGAGCUAUGCGGGCGAUCGCGGCGCGUUUGAUCGGCUGUCACGCGGCAAGAACGUGACGCUGCCGCUGCUGGGGCUGUUCGCCAACGCCGAUGUGCCGUUUGAGAUUGAUCGCAGGGCUAUGGCGGAUGUGUACCCAAGCUUGAGCGAGAUGGCCGAGACGGCCCUGACGGCGCUGGAGGAGGCCACCAGGGACGGUGAUAAGGGGUUCUUUUUGAUGAUUGAGGGGAGCCGCAUCGACCAUGCGGGUCAUGUUAAUGACCCCGCUGCGCAGGCGUGGGAGGUGUUGGAGUACGACAAGACGUUCAAAGUUGUCCUGGAUUUUCUGGAGAGGUCCGAGACGGAGGGCAUAGUGGUAUCCACCAGUGACCAUGAGACGGGCGGACUGGCAACGGCCUGGCAAGCACCAGACGAGUUGCCCGUCUACAACUGGUACCCCUCGGUCCUAGCCAAGGCCAACGCCUCGGCCGAGCACCUCGCCCGCCUGCUUCAUCAGCACAUCCUGGCCUCCCCGACCGAGUCCAAGGAGUCUCUGACCGAGUGGAUCAACAAGGAGCUCGUCACGUCGCGCCUCGGCAUCAGCGACGCCCUCGAGAUGGAGCUCAACGCGCUAGCAUCCAACCCCGGCGCCGCCAUCGCCAUCUUCUCCAAAAUGAUCAGCAUGCGCGCCCGCAUCGGCUGGAGCACCCGCGGCCACAGCGCCGUCGACGUCAACAUCUACAGCUCCGGCGGCCCCGCGGCCGACGAGAUCAGGGGCAAUGUCGAGAACACGGAUAUCGGCGCCUUCUUGAGCAGGUAUCUGGAUGUGGAUGUUGACGAGAUCACGAAGGAGCUGGAGAAGAAGAUGGAGGGCUGGCCGAGGCCCGAGGUCGAAAGUGAUUUUAUGCCGGACUCAGACCUGGGCGCCCAUCCUCUGGAAUGGCUUACGCAAGUUGGUUUGUGA